UCGUCUGUUUACGUUGGUUUUCAUUGAAAAAAACUCAGUGAUUUAUCAAUGAGUUUAGCGUAAUUUCCUCGUAAAACUGUAAAAAAACUACGAUGAGCGAUAUUGAAGAUCCCGUCGAGCAGAUGUUGAAAAAGACUGGCUGUAUAAAUCUUCACUACAAAGUUCAAGAGUGCAUCGCGGAAACCGGCGACUGGCGCAAGUGCCAAGACGUGGUCAAAGACUUCAAAUCCUGUAUGCAGGAUUACACCCAAAAGCAACGCCAAAAGUACGACCAGAAAUGAACCUUCUCAAAUCCGUAGUCAAAGCCGUCGCCGGUCCCACAAAGAUGGUCCUCGUAGUUCGAUCCGAUCUCGGACUGAAAAAGGGUAAAAUUGCCUCCCAGUGUGCUCACGCGGCCGUCAUGUGCUACGUGAGGUCUGCUUCGGUUAAUGAGUCGAUGCUGAAGCGCUGGCUGGUUCAGGGUCAACCAAAGAUUGUGGUCAAAGUGGACGACCUGGAAGGGAUGGAACGGAUAGCUGAGCUGGCAGCAGAGAAGAAGGUCGUUGCGGAGAUUGUGCGCGAUGCCGGAAGAACACAGGUGCAGAGCGGGACGGAGACGGUGCUGGGACUGGGGCCAGACUCGGCGGAGGUUAUCGAUUCGUUGGCAGGGCAUUUGAAGUUGAUGUAGUGUUAUUAAAAAAUGAUGUGGUUAAUGAA